GAAAAACUGAACUUCGCAAUGGCAUUCUAGCUGUACGACCGAUACGUCUGCUGGCCUCAUGGCAGAUGACUCCAGUGACUUGUUGGAAGGCUUACACAGCCUCGACAUCACUGCGUGCAAGGAACACAUUCGGCAAUUGCAGGCACGACGUGAGAGACGUCGUGAGCUGGUGGAGAGGCUGCAAGAAAAGUUGAAGGCUUUGAACAACGAACUAGCUGCUCGGAAGGAAGAGGCGGACAGAUGCAAAAAGGACCUCCUGGAAGAGCAGGCCAAAAAUCGUCGCCUUGCGGAAGCCAGGCGGGGGCAGAAAGCUGGAAAGGAGGUGGCGACCAUUCAGGAUGAUCAACAGAGAGAGCAGGAGAUGGACCUGCAAACGGCGAACGUCCGACGCUUCAUGGAGAGCACCUUGCAAGAGAAGGUGAAGCGUGAUAGCACGCAGAAUGAGCUCGGAAUUCGCAUUUACGAUGAAGUGGAGCUGAUGGUCGAGAAGUCGGCUGAUGAACAAGCACAGGAAAGCAAAUACAUUGACACUGUGCUGGUCACUUACUGCAUCCCCAACUCUGAGCUCAAGUACAAUCUCAGCUUUCGUGUGGAUCGGAACAUGAAGACAAAGAAACUGCGUGAAGAUGCGUGUUUGUACUGGGGUCUCUCAGAAGUUGAGUUUAUCCUGAAGACGAUGAGCAAUGCCAAAGUCCACGAUGAGCUAGCGAUUCAGAGCUGCUUCCGGGAGAAUGAAGAUGCGCACUUCAGCUUGGUGCAAAAAACCCCGAAGAAUGCUACACUGAUGGAUAGAGAGCUCUUGCAUAUAAUGCCCAAAGCUGGCCGCAAGGCUCGUCGAGUGGCCAAGCAGAGUGCCAAGCGAGAUGAGGCGAAGGGCGAUGCAGCCACGCGCACAGGUGUCGGUGAUCUCGCGGAGCAGAUGCUUUUGCUGCCAGGCCUCUUCAGGUACAUGACACAGCGAGACAAGAAUGUGAAGCAGCAUUUGCAGCGGCUGAAACUGCGAAAUAUCUGUAUCUAUCUCGCUGUCUUGGUGAUGACCAUUGUUGACAUUUAUAUGCGCAUUCCUCCGGCGCUGGCCUUCAACUGCAGACAAGGAGUGUUGGAGCUCAUGACAGAAGGCGAUGGGCAAGGCUUAAGCUUUGACGACAUCCGGUCCAGUGAUCAGGUUUGGCUGUGGCUGUCAGAUACUGUGGCAGAUCAGUUGCUAGUACCAUCUUCACCGUUGCGCACCUACAACUACCCAGUGGGCUACUUGCAGGUACGCUUGCAGGAGGUGCAAAUUCCAACUCAAGCCCAAUGUCCACAGCUGGACUUAGCCUACAGCGUGCCUGAGAAUGUCACAUGCUUUGCCACUCGGUACACGGCCAGCAAAGCUAAUACCAUAGAAGAUGAUGGCGUCAGACACUAUUUCUAUGGCAAGUCGGGUUAUGCUGGCCGCUACGUCAACUCCGCUCCUUGGAGCUUUGGGAAUGAGCGCAGCACGUCGCCAGCAGGUGAACCUUGGAUCCUGGGCCAUUUUGACGAGUUUGAUGGCUCGGGGCAGAGUAUUGAAUACGACUUGCAGUACUCGCCUUUGGAUGAACUGCGGCAGGCUUUUCUCAACGACAUGCUUUUCCUUCAGGGGCAAAACUGGUUAGACCCUCAAAGUCGAGCUCUUCAUGUGAGUUUCUUGCUCUACAACUCCAACUACGACCACUUCAUCUCCAACCGGUAUACUGUCGAGAUGACAGCUUUCGGGGUCGUAAGGCCAUUUUCUGAGAUUGGAGUUUUUAGGCCCGGUUUUGUGGAGUAUGACCUGGGCUUCAGCAUGUUGUCGCUUGACAUCAUUCGGUUGUGCUUUGUCCUGCUGAUUUGUCCAGUUCAGAUAUACUGGGACUUCAUGUACGAGCGGCGGGUAAAUGGUGCUGGCUGCAAGCAUCUCUAUUCCGUCCAGGGUCUUGCAGACCUUGCGGUUGGCAUCAUCUUCUUCGUGAUGUUCGGCUUGCGAUAUGGCAAUUUCAAUGUGCCUUCGAUUGAUUAUUUUGUGCAGCAAGCUCAAACACCUUUGGAUGCUGGCGAAUUUGCAGAGCAAUACAAUUUUCACAUCGUGAUGGAUGCUUUGAUAUCGGGACUCUUGUUGUAUCGCUUCGCGUUCUUCCUGCGGAUCAAUCGCCAUUUCUUCCUGAUUUGGUCCACAGUCGAGCAAGCAGCAAUGGUGGGAUGCAGGCUUCUUGUCAUUGCUGUGCCAGUUGUGGUGGGUCUCAUCCUGGUGAGCAUGGCGGUUGGGGGAUCCUAUGAUGAGAACAGCAGGAGUUUUUGGUCGUCCUUGAUGCGAGUGAUGCUCUUGAUCUAUGCAGACGUUGAGACAGUUAAGGACUAUGACCCGAAUCGUGGGUGGCAGUUGAGCUUCAAUGUGGCGCUCUACUUCUUGAUGAGGCUGGUCUUUGUGAACUGCUGGAUCUCUGUGCUUAUCCACGAGUAUCAGAAAGUGCGCGUGGCUGCUGGUUCGACUGAGACAUAUCGCUGGAAGGAGUACGACUAUGUUGUUUGGUGCCUCCCUUGGCCAUUCCGGAAUUUAUAUCUGAACUUUUUAAGACCAAAGAUUGAGAGGCCGGCAAAAGAUUCGGUCGAGGAGUGAUGGCUCGAAACAAUAACAAUCAUGGGGGACGUUCCAAAA